AAUCUCGUGAGUAUUGGCCUGGAGCCGUCAUUCCCGAUCCUAAACUCCAGAAUGAGGCGCUUUUCCAAUGAAGUAGCGAUAACCGUCCUACAUCAGAGUCUUCGCCAGAGAUUGCAGGUUGCAAAGUAGUAGGGACCUUAGCGCAAUCGUCUUAGCGCCGAUAAAUGUCAUGGCCCCCGAUAUGCCUCGUCCACAAAUACUACUUCUGCUGCUUCUGCUCCUCUUUCCGCUAGUUACAAUCACCGUAGUAGCAUCAUCCGCAUCCCUCGUGUCUCUCUUUGAAGUUCGUAGUGGCUCAUCCACUCAGGACCGCGCGACGAUUCUCUCCGAGUCCUCUGAUGGCGUCCCCGUCGCAAGGCGGCGUCUAGAUGGAGUCGCGGAAUCGGUAGAGCCGGGCGUUGGCGGCAACGUCGCGGGUCGCGCGGCGCUCUUCGUCGACGAUGGCAUGCUGGUCGGAGGCGCCGCCAAAUCUGCCACCGUAGGUGCCGCGAUUCUCUCAGGCGCCUCGACGGAGGGCGAGGGAAGCAGCCUCCUUCCGCUCGAUUCCGACCUGGUAACCGACGUUUCGCCUGUCGCGAAGCAGCAGCUGUUACAACGGCAGCAGAAGGGGGCGUCGCGGCGUGGCAAUCUCAAGGAGCGGACGAGCUGCUCGAUGGAACGCGGCUCGUGGCAGGUGGAUGCCACGUGGCCGCUGUACGAGAGCGGCACGUGUCCGUUCGUCUACCAUAACCAAAAUUGCGUCAAACACGGCCGGCCGGAUCGCUUCUUCGAGCGGCUUCGAUGGGCGACGCCCGGGUGCCCGCUUCCCUCGCUGAGUAGAGACACGCUCUGCAGCCUCGUUGCGGGCAAGAGCAUGGCGUUCGUAGGCGACUCCAUCGUACGCAACGCGUUCGAGUCGCUCGCGUGCCUCAUGCACGGAUUCUACGGAAUGCCGGAGAAUCUGCCUGGGCUACAGAUGACAGAUUCCCGCAAGCUGGAGCGAGGGGCUGUUUGGGCGACUUGUAAUUUCACCCUCGCCUUCUACCGGACGAGCUUCAUGGUGAAUUUGACACUCGACGAUUCCACCAAGCCGAAUGGCGGCGGUGAAUUGGACCUGGGUGAGCCGGAAACUGGGUGGCUGAGCCGACUGGACCAACACGAUGUCUUCGUUCUGAACACAGGUCAUUGGUGGAGCGAACAUAAGAUCCACAGCGCUGGCUUCCGUUUUGCACCGCCCAACCAGGCGCUUCCUCUGACAGAGGGGUUCCAGAAGGCGUGGGAAAUGGCUUUGAAUCUUUUCAAGAGCGAUCACAUGCGCGGCAAGGUGCUAGUUAUAGCUACCAAUCCAGCUCCUCACUUCACGGGUCAGGGCUUUAAGAGUGGGUGCACUGAUACUGCCCCAAUGAGUGCCACAGAGUUUCUUGACUAUAAGGGCAGGGGGAAUUGCAUGAAGAUGGAGGUUCUGAAUGGGGUGAUGAGGAGGCUUGUAUUGAGGAUGCAUGCGAGGGAGGUGGCGGAGGGUAGAGUGAGAGGGGCACAGGUUGUGCUGCUGGAUCAGGCCCGGCCAUCCCUGUUCCGGGGGGAUGGGCAUCCUGGCAAGUGGGCGCUCCUUCCCAAUGGAGUGAGGGACUGCGGACAUUUCUGCCUGCCCGGAGUGCCUGAUGCGUGGAAUGAGAUGAUGCUUCAACGCCUAUGGGUGUUGGAGGAGGCGCGGCAGGAGUAGGUACGGAAGGAAAGCUGGUUAUUGGAAGAAGGCUCUAGGGAGAAUGUGGACCAACCAACGGACAGCGUUUUAGCAGCCUCCAUAAAGGGGGGUGCAAGCGAAAGGAGACCCAAAUCAUAAGUGCGUAAUAUCAUGUGUAUGCACCCUAAAAAGGCAAUAGCAAUCUUGUAAUC